UUCCUAGAGGCCCUACUAGGAACUGUUCCUACUGCUACUACGGCCACAAAGUUGAGGCCUUACUGCGUCAAGACGUCAUUUGGGUCGCAUUGAUCGCCUGAACCUUCCGCAUUGAUCGGAGGUCCUGGCCUAGGAUCGAGGUAUUUUUAAUAGUAACUUUCCGCGGAGUUUAAUCCUAUUCCUUAUUUUUCAGCUGUUCCAGGGGUUUCGUUUAGGCCGCAAGGCGAAGCAGGCGGCAUGGUGAAUCAGGAGCAGCUCGAUUCGCACAUCGCCCAGCUGCACGAAUGCAAACCGCUCACCGAGGCCGAGGUGAAGGCCCUCUGCGAGAAAGCCAGGGAGAUUCUGGUGGAAGAGAGCAAUGUGCAGCCUGUCAGGUGUCCCGUCACCAUCUGUGGCGACAUUCACGGGCAAUUCCACGACCUCUCCGAGCUGUUCCGCAUUGGCGGCAAGUCGCCAGACACCAACUACCUCUUCAUGGGGGACUACGUCGAUCGAGGCUACUACUCUGUCGAGACAGUGACUCUGCUGGUGUCGUUGAAAGUGCGCCAUCCUGACCGCAUCACCAUUCUCCGAGGGAACCACGAGAGCCGCCAAAUCACGCAAGUCUAUGGCUUCUACGAUGAGUGCCUGCGCAAGUACGGCAGUGCGAGUGUGUGGAAGAUGCUGACUGACCUCUUCGACUACUUCCCUGUCACCGCCGUGGUGGAGUCCGAGAUCUUCUGCUUGCACGGGGGGCUAUCCCCAUCCAUUGACUCGCUCGACCACGUGCGCCAGCUUGACCGCAUCCAGGAGGUGCCCCACGAGGGGCCCAUGUGCGACCUGCUCUGGUCAGACCCCGACGACCGCUGCGGCUGGGGCAUUUCCCCCCGUGGUGCUGGCUAUACCUUCGGCCAGGACAUAUCAGAGCAGUUCAACCACAACAAUGGGCUGAAGCUGGUGGCACGGGCGCAUCAACUAGUUAUGGAGGGAUACAACUGGGCGCAUGAGCAAAAGGUGGUGACCAUUUUCAGCGCACCCAACUACUGCUACCGCUGCGGCAACAUGGCGGCUAUUCUGGAGGUGGAUGACGCCAUGGGCCACACCUUCAUUCAGUUUGAGCCGGCUCCCAGAAGAGGCGAGCCAGACAUCAGCAGGAGAACACCCGACUACUUCCUUUGAGGCUGCCCGGACUAAUUUCUUUGAGGCGUUUCAAUGAUUUUAGUAACCAUGGAGUAUGGAUGUCAUAGAAGCCGCUCUUGCAUGUUCUUUCCUUCUAGCCAGGUGGCUCGAUUUACUACAGUAGACAUACUGCACUUGAUUCUAGAUAUCUACCAAGCAGUUCAUAUGGCCGUAGUGGCUUAGAGCGUGUUCCUACGAGCCUCUUCCCAGGCAACCUCUUCCUAGACUCAUGCGCGACCUUGAGAGCAUGUUUCCAGGACCACUUUUUGGAAUACUCCCGUUUCAUAUUUGCC